AUGGACAGCAGGAGCAUCAGACGAGAUCUUGCAGCAACCUUGGGGGAGUUCAUCGGCACCUUUAGCUUUCUGCUCUUCGCUUUCGGNGGCCUNCAAGCUGCAUCUCACGCUUCGACANCGUCAGCAGCGAGCCCAGCAGNAUUGUGUUACGUCGCUCUGGCGUUUGGUGGAUCACUCGCAGUCAAUCUGUCAAUAUGGUACCGAAUCUGUGGGCUGCCAGCGAACCCAGCAGUCUCGCUUGCACUGCUUCUCGUCGGUGCUACAUCUCCAGUGAGAUUCGCCUUGUUCAGCAUAGCAGAGUAUGCAGCCGGCAUAGCAGCAGCAGCAGUCGUUGACAAACUCACGCCGGCUCCCUUCGAACCGAUAGUNCAGCUAUCCGGCAUUUCNGCGGGAACAGCCGCCGCUAUGGAAGGNCUGACGACAGCAUUNCUCUGUCUGGCUGUACUNUUUGUAGCUGUAGAGAAGCAUCGUCUGACACCAUUUGCGCCNCUGGUUAUCGGCUCAUCGCUGUCGAUNUGUCUACUCUUUGCGAGCGAAUACGACUCGGCAGGCGUCAACCCNGCUCGCGCACUAGGNCCAUCNGUGGUAGGUCGCAAGUUUGAGCGGAGAUUCUUCGAGAUCUGGAUAUUGGCGCCAUAUGUNGGAGCAAUCUGCGCUGCCGUCAUCUAUCGUAUCUUCAAAGUGCUCGGCAUGGAUGAGCUCAAUCCAGGUCAGGACGACACCGGCAAGGCAGCUUGCGGACCAGUGGCACGCGAUCCCUUGCUUNACAAAGCGUUGCCGCCAUUGGACAUGNACACGAAAGCAUGGUCGAGUGACGCACUGCCAAUGCACGACUUGACGGACAGCAAUCGAGACGCAAGUAUNGUCAUUUCGUUGCCGGACGUCGCCGAUGNAGCANCGAAUCGCGGCAUGAAGCGACUGCGUGCGACGUAUGCCCUGCGGCAAAGCAUGGCUCGAAUACCAACGACAUUCCUCUGGUCAGGCGCAGCUUCAGUCGAUCAGCGAAAUAAACGCGCACGCACAGUCGAGCCACACAUGGAUGAGACCAUCGAUGCGUCUUUCUUCCGCAGCGAAGACCGGAUGCGGCCAAGUCAGUUCCGAUCGCGACUCGCGUCUUCAGCCUACUCGAUGACUUGA